AUGUGUCACUCCCGCAGCUCCCUGCCUACAAUGACUGUCCUGCGAGCCCCAACGCCUGUCCCCGCCACUAGCCCGGAGCCCCGGCGAGGAUCCGGUCCCGAGAUAUUCACCUUCGACCCUCUCCCGGAGCCCGCGGCGGCCCCCGCCUUGCGUCCCAGCUCUUGUCGCGGGCCCCGCAAGCGCAGCCGCAGGGUCCUCUACCCUCGAGUGGUCCGGCGCCAACUGCCAGUCGAGGAACCAAAUCCUGCCAAAAGGCUUCUCUUUCUGCUACUCACCAUCAUCUUCUGCCAGAUCCUGAUGGCCGAAGAAGGGGUGCCGGUGCCCCUAGCCUCGGAAGACGCCCCCAGUGACACUUCCCCUGCGCCCAUCCAUGUGCCCCCAGUUUUCGAGCCGCUUAAUCUGACCUCAGAGUCCUCAGACUACGCUCUGGACCUCAGUACUUUCCUCCAGCAACACCCGGCCGCCUUCUGA